CAUGGUGACUCCCAGCAUGCUUUGCUCCCUAGGCCCCUCCUAGCGCGACGUUUCUCAGACUGCAGUUCCAGCAAUCCGCCUGAAGAUGGCAGCAGCGUCAAUGAGGAAUUUUACUACUGUACCACCGCCGAAUCUUUCAUAUAGGAUGCAAUUCCAUCAUCGGCCUACAGAGGGCAGCAGCGUCAGUGAGAAAUUCUACUACUACUGCCACCGAACCAAUUCAUUUAGAUUGCAGUUCCAGCAUUAGUCUGAAGACGGCAGCAGCGUCAAUUAAAAUUAUACUACAAGUACCACCACCAAUUCAGUUUUGUUUAGAUUACAGUUCCACAAUCGACCUGAAGAUAGCAGCAGCGUCCGCGAUUAAUUCAAUUACUACUACCCCAAAAUCUAUUUAAUUUAAAAUGCAGUUCCAGCAUCGGUCUGAAGAUGGCAGCAUCGUCAACGAGGAAUUCUACUACUACUAAUACUAUCACCACCGAACUAUUUCAUUGAGAUUGCAGUUCCACCAUCAGCCUGGUGAUGGCAGCAGCGUCAAUGCGGAAUUCUGCUUUUACUACCACCACCGAAUCAAUUUACUUAGAUUGCAGUUCCUGUAUCGGCCUGUAGAUGCCAGCAGUGUCCACAAGGUAUCUACAUUUUUAAUAAUAGAAUUGUAAAUUCAGCCCGGCGGCCAUUUUGUCGAAGACCAAGACUUUUUAUUACCGCAGUCUUUGGGGUUCUGUGAACUGUAGUCCCAGCGUGUUUGAAUGUCUUUAGUCCUGAACUGAGGAUUGACUACAACUCCCGUGGGGCCUUGCGUUGCGGAGCUCAGGUAGGGUAUAUAGCAGUAGUUCCUGAUGUGAGGCAGAGCCCGUCCGCGGAGGAUACACCCUGCUGCCCCGGGUUCACGCCACUGCCGACCGACAGACAUGGAGAUCGCCUUCAUGGAUCACGUCCGUCGAUCGCUGAUGAUCGACAGCAACAAGGACGCCAUCAUAGACAAACUGCUAAGCCUGACCCUGGAGAUCAUCUGCCUGCUGACCGGAGAGGAUUAUGUCGUGGUGAGAAAAUCAGGAGAUCCCCACACUGCAGAGAAGAGGGCAUGUCGGGGGUCAGAGGUGCGCAGCGAGGCCCGGGGUCUGGUAACCAUGGCAUCAACUCCCACUACUGUAACAGAGGAGAAUCCUGCCAGGAGGAUCGCAGGAUCCGCCAAGAAUCCACACAGAGAUGCUGAGAAGCUUCCCAUAAAGUCUGAGGAUGUCCAGAUCUCUACGUGGGACGCUGUGGCGGUCGGUGGUCCGGAGCCGUUCCGCUCCGCCGAUUCUGCGCCAGUUCACCAGAGGAUUUUGGAGCGGGGUGUCAGAGGUCACCAGGACUCUACAGACCCUAAGGCAGAUUAUAUAUCAGCUCGUAUUACCAUAGGAAGCCCCUCCAGGAAGUGUCGGACCCCUGUGUGUUCUCAGGACUGUAGCACCCAGGAGCCCCAGCAGGCCGUGCCGCCGGAGGAUGGGAGGUUUCACCAGCAGUGCAAGGAGGAGGAAGAUGCGGCCAUUCCUGAUGACAUUGGGUCAGGUGAGGUUGGAGAGUGACCACUUGGCCUAUUUCUGUAGGAUCAGGAUAUAUAGUAGUUCUACACCUCCCCUCCAGCUCUAUCUGUAUACUGCUGCUAUCUCUAUGGGAUCAGGAUAUAUAGUAGUUCUACACUUCCCUU